UGUACGUGUGCAAAGGUUGACGACUCCUCAACAUGAUGCUGCAGGCACUUUUACUCGCCAGUCUGGCGACCGUUGCUCUUGCUUCUAUCUGCUGUGCUCCUCAGCAGUGGGAAGGGUUUAAAGCUGUUUCCAGUUUCGAUGCCUCGGGGAUAAAUCGCUACCUGCAAGGCUAUUCCUAUGACGCCAUCAACCAAAGGUACGCCGUCAGCGGUAACUACACUGCUGCUUUUCUGGGCACGUACAAGGAAGUCUGGGACUACGGUAAGGGGACUGGCUUCCGCAUCAACUCUUUGACGCAAACUUGUGAGACAUUCGCUGUGACCGGGAGAUUCCCUGCCAACUGCAUUCCAAGUGACGCUUUGGAAUUGAGUCCGGCCACCUUCGGCUUUGGCAAGGAGCGCCUCCCUUCUAUUCCAUACCAAUUUAAUGACACGAGAGGCGAGUUUAAGAACAUCGUUGCCUAUGUCAGCGCCAAGAACUGCGUGCCUAUUACAACUUCAACCAUAACCCAGCGUCCCGGAGGCAACGUUUUGAACAUCGAGUGCUUCAACGAAAUUUUACCCGGCAUCAAGGACCUCUCUGUCUUCGACCCCCCAUACUACUGUAGAAAGACAGCCAAGAAAGUUGCCAGCACCAUGAACGAUAACGUGCUUGUCUGAAGAAGUUUUACAUGUCCAACUUUGUAAUAGGAUGUUGGAGACGCCAUUGUCGAACAACGAACGAAUUGAUUGUUACUUAGAAAAAGAAAUAAAGCUUUCGCAUCUGUCA